CACGCUAGAUCGAGAGAGAUCAGUUAGAUCUCACGUAGAAAACUCCACGACACCACAUUCGACAAAUCUGUUGUUAGUUCCUAGCUUCCGUAGCUAAGUCACAACUUAGUUCUCCCACCAUGUGUUCAACGCGAUCCCCGCCACCUCAAGCCCUUCCAGCACGCGAGCUUGACGGAACCACUACUACCCGGCCGCUGCCUCGACCUGUUUCUGCGUUCGACGGCGACGACGCAUUGUCAUCGCAGGGCCUUGUCGCCGGGCUGUCCCAGAUGUCGCACAGACAAAAUUCCAAGUCGAGCGACGCGGUUUUGCUCGCAGCACGCCACCGCGCGUCGCAGCGGUUCGCAGCAGAGCAGUGCAGCCUAAGCUGCGACAAUAUCGUCUUAUCAUCGAAUACUAACAGCCUCAGCUGCGAUAGCAGUCCGAUUCUCGAGCCCGCCGCCGCCGGAGCCGCACCCGGAGAACGAGCUUCGAGGAUAUUCGACCGUCGCGCGUUUGAGCUCAACCACUUCCUCCAAGAAAACUCUUUCGAGUUGUCCUCACCCCUGCCCGCCCCCUCGAUCGAGUCGAUCGCUUUGAGCACCGCGAGUGCCUCGGCCGCGAGUGGCGCGCGCGCCGCCGUGCACGAAUCGCGAGGACGAGCGUUCGUGCGAUCAUUGAGCGGAUUCCCGACGACGAGCACGUUCGAAAGCGGCCGCCACAUUAUUUCGGACUUCAAUUUCGGCUCUUCCGAGCUGCUGCUGCCACAAGCAGCGGACGAUUUUGUCGCAGCGGCGGCGGCGCCGCCGCCGCCGUGGGGGGCUUGUGACUUUCCUACUCGCCCCAUGGCGACUCGGAGGCAACACUUUCCGGAUCCCGACCCCGUGAUCUUCCUUCUUCCCGACGGCUCGGCGCGCUUCUUCUGCCGCACCGCGCGCGAUCCGCUGCUUCGCGUCGCUGACGUCAUGCGCGAGUAUCCCGGCCUGCACGUGGGCGUCGCGUCCGGGUGCCGCACGUCGCUCCACCUUAAUCCGCUCUCCGUCAUUCUUCCCGCCCCCAGCGCUACUUAUUUUCUCCACCCGCCACAACACCAGAGCACCCGCAGCAUUGGCAGUUUCAGCGGUAGUAUCACUACUAAUAGUAGUAAUGCGUCUAGUAGUAGUACUAAGAAUUGGAGUUCUACGGACGAUCUCGUCCCCGCAAUUCACGCCGGAGGUCGCGCUGGAGCCGUCGACACGGCCGCGUUUCGCGCCGCCGUGGACGACGCGGCAGAUCGCAUUCGCGGGAUCGAGAUUCAGCUCAAUCGGUUCGAGAGGCGGCUACGGCGGGAAUCAACGACCGGCGACGCGCCCGCCUCGGCGGCAGCUGCGGCGGCGAAUCCGGCGCUGUAUUUCGGCCGUCCGUUGGACAACGGAGGCGACUCGGACUUAGUAGCUGCAGCAGCUGCGAUUUCUCAGCCUCAGCCUGUUGACGCGGCGAGCAGUUUCAAAGAUGAGAGCCGAAGAAUUUCACGCGGCGGUAAUGCUAAUAGUGGUGGUCGCGACGGCUUGGCGUUGAGCCUCUCGGGACCGCUUCCCUCCGCUGCCAGAAACAGUCUUGCGCUAAACCCGCUCCCCCUGCCUCUCUCCCCCCCCGAGAGCCCCCGCGCUGCUUCCGCUCAACCGCCCCCGCGCCUGCACCUUGCGCCCGCCACGCCCCCCCCUGCGCCGGCGCCCGCGAGCCCCUCCUCCCCGCGCCUGUCCUCGCGGUCGCGAACGGAUCCGCGCAACCGGCGACACCGUAACCGUUACGACGGUGAUCGCGAUGCCCUAGCAUGCGACGCGGCCGGGCAGCCAGUCGCGAGGCGGAGUAGCACGGGUACUAGCACUAGCCGUCGCGGCCGCGGCGGGGGUGUGUACCCUAGAUCGUCCUCCUCUCCCUCCUCCUCGUCUCCCGUCUCGUCCUCCCCAUCCUUCUCUUGCGCCACUCCCGCGUCUUCACAGUCUGUCAGGCACGGCUCGUCAGUGUCACUCUCCCGCCCUUCCUCCUGCUCCUCAACCGGCACUCCCUCUGGCUUCUCCUCCUUCUCCUCCUCCUUUUCCUCCUUCGCCUCCUCCACCUCCACCUCGCCUCUCCCUGUCUCCUCGCCGUUCUCUCUCAAAUCUGCCUCGUCCUCGUCUCCCUCCUCUUCCACUCGGAUCAGUCGGCACCUUUCCAAGUCAGCAGACAGCAGCGAUGGCACCAGCUCGUGCACCAAUCCCAGCUCCGCUGUGGAUCUGGGCUACGAUGCGGCCACGGGCACAGGGAGGUCUAAUGGCGGCAGCAGCAGCGGCAGUGGCAGUGGCAGGGGGGGGGGCAGAAGCAGCAGCAAGUUGUGGCCAGCAUGCCUCACGCCUCCUCGCACCAGGGGAGAUGGCUCUCCUGCGAGUGGGAGCCAGGCACACGAGCCUUCUGCACGCAGGCAUAGCCGCAAGGCCCCACUCCACCAGCGCAGCCGGAGCAUCAGCUUUCUCUGCAGCAGCAGCAGCAGCGGCGGGGGCGGCGGUGGCGGUGCAAGCAUUGCAGACAUAAUUGAACCGACCAGUGGAGGAAGCUGCUAUGAGGUGGCAAGCCAGCAGGCGCUGCCGUCAUGCGCCAGUCAGCAGAGGAGGAAGCCGAAGACCAAGGGGAGCAGGAGCGAUGGCGAGCUCUUCAGUGACCUUGUGUUUGACAGUCGGAUUUGUGGGGAGGAGGAACAGGAGCAGGGCGAAGUGGAUUCUGAUGCGGAGAGUCAGGAGGAAGGGGGAAGCAGCAGAGGCGUGUUUAUGACUUGUGGCCCGGCUUUUUCACGGUCUCCCUUGAGGAGGCAUUCAGGCCAGCAUAGCAUGAGGUGAAAUGACCUCUGUGUGUUGGUUAGCACCGGCGCUUGGUGUUCUUUCGUGACUGCCCUUUGUUUCGUGCUCACUGAGGUUUGCACUUGGCUGCCAAAUGCACGGCAGUACUUGCUUUUCAAAUAUUCCGAUUUGGUACUUACGGCA